UCCUCAAAACGGUAAACAUUCGCAGUUCGCACCCCCAACCCCGAUACGCAUUCGAGAAAGAACGAAAAUCGAAAAUACUAGGCGAAAGUCGUUCACUUUUCGUGAUGAGACACAACUCGAAUGUCCCGGCUUUCCUCACCAAGCUGUGGACGCUGGUCGAGGAUGCGGACACCAAUGAACUUAUUUGCUGGAGUCAGGAGGGCAAUAGCUUCCUGGUGCUGGAUGAGCAGCGGUUUGCCAAGGAGAUGCUCCCAAAGUUCUUCAAGCACAACAACAUGGCUAGUUUCAUCAGGCAGCUCAAUAUGUAUGGGUUCCGUAAAGUGAUGCAUCUUGACCAAGGCAUUGUCAAGCAAGAGAGAGAUGGUCCUGUGGAGUUUCAGCAUGCUUACUUUAAACAUGGACAAGAUGACUUGCUAGAGAACAUCAAAAGGAAGGUUUCGAACACUCGUCCUGAGGAAAAUAAGAUUCGACAAGAAGACCUCUCCAAGAUCUUGGCGAGUGUUCAGAGUGUUCACAGCAAGCAGGAAAACAUUGAUGUCAGGCUCGCAACACUGAAAAGGGAGAAUGAAGCUAUGUGGACAGAGAUUUCUGAUUUGAGACAGAAGCAUGCCCACCAGCAACAACUUAUAAAGAAGCUUGUGCAGUUCAUCGUCACAUUGGUACAGAACAACCACCUUCUGAAUUUAAAGCGUAAAAGGCCAAUUCUCAUGAACAGCAAUGGAAAGAAGGCCAAAUAUUUUCAUGAGCUAUACGAUGAUAAAGUUUGUGUAGAACAGUCACCUGUCAGCAGUCGGAAUGGUGUUAAGGCCUCCGAAGUAUCAGACGACGUCAUCAUCUGUGACUUUUCGGACAACGAUGUAGAUAGAGCCACUGAGAUCACCGAUGGGUCACCCAGAAAUAACGAGCAUAGUGAUGUUGAAAUAGUGGAAGUAGAAUUGGACACCUGCCCAGUGCUGGAAGCUGAGGCAGAGGCUUGCAUAGAAGAUGUGAAAGAGGCCGACGUUGUGGGACAGCUAAGGAGCGGCACUUUUGACAGCAGCAGACCAACCAGCAGUGCUCUUCAGCUCAAUAAACCUGCUGGUCUUAGCCUCGAAGACCCUGUCAAGAUGAUGGACUCCAUACUCAAGGAGAAUGGGGCUAUCUCACAGAAUAUUAACCUUUUGGGAAAGCUGGAGCUGAUGGACUAUUUGGACAGCAUUGACUGCAGUCUAGAAGAUUUUCAGGCCUUGCUAUAUGGGAAACAGGGCAUCGACAUUGAUACGUUUGAGGAGAGUGCUUUGUCAAAACAAAACCCGGCACAACUGAAUAGAAGCAAGCAGGUGGAAAACAAUACAGACAAGCAGCUGGUUCAAUACACUUCCUGCCCCCUGCUGGCCUUCCUCGAUGGCUGUAACGCCCUUGCUGAAGUGGACAUGAGCGGAGGGAGCGGCGCCCAGGCGGACCUCGGAGGGGGAACCCCCUCCGAGCUGCUGGACGGCGGCAGCGGGGAGUCGAAGCCACUCGGCCGCAGCUCCCUCAUCCGCCUGGAGCCCCUCACGGAGGCCGAAGCCAGCGAAGAGACUCUUUUCUACUUGUGUGAACUGAGUCCCGACGGACCCGAGGCCAUCUGCUCCGAGCUGGACGGCAUGUAAGCGGUGAGGCUACAUGCCGUUUGUCCCCACGUCCCCUCUAGCUGCGGUUUGAUCCUUCAACAACAAGGAUUUUACAGAAAUGAAGAGAUGUAAAUGAGCUGCAUUUGUUUUUGAUAAUUACUGUUUGUUAUGAGGCCGUGUGUCAAAAAUCGCAGUUGCAUCAGCACACAUGGAUAUCAUUUCGGUUCACGGUGACCUGUCGCGGAAUUCCAAAUUUUAGCCACGAUUUCAUGCAUGUCAAAGUUCUAUGUGGUUUAUGAUUUAACAGCAAUCACUUUCGCAACUCAAAUUUAAAAUCGUUAUUGUGGUUUACUACAACAAUUAAUACAGUCUGUAAUCAUAGAUUAAAUACAGUUUUCAUUCAUUGACAACAAAUAUAGGCAGUUGAUGAACGACAGCAGUCAGUCAAUUGAUUGAAUGCUUAGCACUUCAAAAAAAUACGCUCCGCUCUUGUCAAAUGUUUGGUUAAUUGUUUCCUGAUUGAUAGGUACGUGAGUUCUGUAUAUAAGAAAUUCUAACAGAGAGUAACGUUUAGAUUGGUUUGUUAUUUAUUAUUUAAGUUUGUCAGUUGUUGCUAGUUAGCAACAUAAUGAGUGGUUGUUUGCCGAGGCAAGCAAGCGGCCAAUUUAAAUAUUUAGGAAAAGAACGUUCUCAACACAAAUCAACUUGCAAGUCUAAUACAUCAGCAUUUAUGAAGAUGAAUAAUGAUUAAUUUUUAUUUUAAAACACGAUAGGUCACCUCUAAAUGUCACGUAUGUCCCAUGCAAUCCUUCCAUUUCAUUCUAUGGAGGACCAAAUCUUGUCAAAAUUAAAAAAUAAAUAACUGAAAAAAAACCUACUAUAAAUACAAAAAUAUGAAUGAACAAUGAAUACAAAAAUAGAGCAAUUGGAAUAAUAUCAAUUGCUCUUGUAUUUCAUUGUCAGCGUGAACACGCAGAAGGAAAUCUUAUUCAAAUGAGGGGGCGGUCCGUUCUGGGUUUAAAUGUUCGCCUGCCUAUUGGUUGGUCACGCUGAUGCUAAUGCUAGCGCAAUGCUGACGGCAAGCAUUAGGCUAACGUAGACGCUAUUUGCUUAUGAUGUUCGCUUACAUUAUCGGCAAAUGCUAACUGCUAACGCUAAUUGUCGUCUUCUGCAACAGCUGGCACUGGCUACUCAUCAGAUUUUGUAAUGACUCGCUCGUUACCCGUUCUAUGCUUUUUAUUUUACUUGGUCGUGUGUACGGGCAGGAUUUACCUAGCCAAUCGCGGUGCUUGUAUGUCAAAUCGACCAAUAGGUCAAUGGGUCAAUGCAGUUAGGACUGCCCCAUCAUUUGAAUAACAUUUCCUUCUGCAUGUUCACACUGAAAAUGAAAGAAAAUUACUGUGAUAGGAGAUCAAAGUGCUAUUAUUGAUUGACAUUUAAUUCAAUUUAUAUGCAGUAUUUUUUAUUUUUUUAUGAAUUUAUUUCCAUAUUUUUAAUCUUUUAAUCUUCUUACUUUUGUAUUUAUAGUCAUUUUUAUUGCCAGUUGUUUUUAAUUUUGGCAGCAGUGGUCCUCCGUACUGUUUAGAGCUUUUCAGCUGGGCCGAGAACGAAAAGUGGUAUUUGUCAUGUGGCACAUGGCAAAAUCCAUUUUGCUACAUACCAAAAUGGAUUUUGCCAUGUGGUAUUUUUUUGGGCCAUGUGGCAAAAUGGAUUUUGGUGUGUGGCAUUUUGGGGGCCAUGUGGCAAAAUAUGCCACAUGGCAAAAUCCAUUUUGCCUCAUGAUUUUGCCACAUGGCAAAAAAUGCCACAUGGCAAAAUCCAUUUUGCCACAUACCAAAAUGGAUUUUGCAUGUGGCAUUUUUUUGCCAUUAGG